AACGACAGCAGGCAGAGGUGAAAAGUCUGGAUCAUGUUUUCAUUCCAGCGGAGGCACACUUGAACGACAAAAGGACAUUGUAAAUAAGGAUCAAUAGAGCAGAUAGCAGAGCACGUCGAGGUUCUGUUCACGAAGAGAAGACAUUGAUGUUGUUGUUAGCAAACCAGCUAGCACAAGUUGAAAUUUGUUAACGCUAGCUAACGGAGGACCCCGUUAGCUAACCGCCACCAUCAUCGCUCCUAGCCAGCCAGCUGUGCAUCGCCCUGUCUUCCUACGAUGGGAAACGCAGCAACUGCCAAGAAAGGCAAUGAGCAAGAAAGCGUGAAAGAGUUCUUAGCUAAAGCCAAAGAAGAUUUUUUAAGAAAAUGGGAGUGUCCACCACAGAGCACAACGGGCCUGGACGACUUUGACAGGUUCAAGACUCUGGGUACUGGCUCAUUUGGGAGAGUUAUGCUUGUUAAACAUAAAGGAACAAACCAGUUCUACGCCAUGAAGAUCUUGGACAAACAAAAAGUGGUGAAGUUGAAGCAGAUAGAACACACACUAAAUGAAAAGAGAAUACUACAGGCCGUCUCCUUCCCCUUCCUCGUCAGAUUGGAGUACGCUUUCAAGGACAACUCAAACCUCUACAUGGUGAUGGAAUAUGUGCCCGGUGGAGAGAUGUUCUCACACCUCAGACGCAUUGGAAGGUUCAGUGAACACCAUGCACGAUUUUAUGCAGCUCAGAUAGUACUCACCUUUGAGUACCUCCAUUCUUUAGACCUCAUCUACAGAGACCUGAAGCCUGAAAAUCUGCUCAUAGAUCAACAUGGCUAUAUCCAGGUCACAGACUUUGGCUUUGCCAAAAGAGUAAAAGGCAGGACCUGGACAUUGUGUGGAACUCCUGAGUACCUGGCUCCAGAAAUCAUCCUCAGCAAGGGCUACAACAAAGCUGUGGACUGGUGGGCACUUGGAGUCCUUAUCUACGAGAUGGCUGCUGGUUACCCUCCCUUUUUUGCUGAUCAGCCAAUCCAGAUCUAUGAAAAGAUUGUGUCUGGCAAGGUACGAUUUCCAUCUCACUUUAGUUCUGACCUGAAGGAUCUGCUGAGAAAUCUCCUCCAGGUAGACCUGACAAAGAGAUUUGGGAACCUGAAGAACGGUGUGAAUGAUAUAAAAAAUCACAAGUGGUUCUCCACAACAGACUGGAUCGCCAUCUACGAGAGAAAGGUUGAAGCCCCCUUCUUGCCAAAGUGCAGAGGACCAGGAGACACAAGCAACUUUGACGACUAUGAAGAAGAAGACAUUCGUAUCUCACAAACAGAAAAGUGUGCAAAAGAGUUUGCUGAGUUCUAGUGAGUGGGCAAGAGUCCCAACUGGGCUCACAUGUUUUGGGAUAUUUGCACUCUCCUGAGGGUUAAGGUGGAGCUGGGGCUGUCAAGUGUUCAAAAUAAAUGCCUAGUUCCUUCAUUACACACAGCUGAAUGAGGUCCUUCUUGCCAUGAUAUUGCGUGCAGUUAGCACUAACCUAUACACAGGCACAUUAUGCAGACACCCCUUGUGCUGCAACACAAAAAUACUAGACCACGUUCACAUCCUCUGUCCUCUUUGUUUUUUUUUAAUUUUGUUUAGUUUUUUCUAUGUUUGCCACUUUUAAAUAUCCUCCCUGCUCCUGGUUUCAAUUCAAGUAAUUGUUUAAAAAGCAACAUGAAAAGGAAUAUUAUGUUCGCUUUCAAGUGGCACAAAGAGUGAUUGAUUGUACUAGCUGGUAUUGCACAUAUUGUGAUUUAAGCUUUGGGAAAAUUGAAGGAAUUAUUAUAAUUUUUUUAUUUUUUUUGGCUCCUAACAUUGAGUUUUGCCAGUUAUCUAUCGUCUGUUACAUGCCUGAGUGUGUUUUAGAGUUCCUUUUAUUAUUCAUUAAUCAUCUAACAUUAACUGUUACUCAUCAUUCUGGUGUCCUUAAGGCCUAGAACCGUGUAUUUGUGCAUAUAGAAAUAUAUAUGGGACAUAAGAUUUUCAAAAACUUUUUGUUAAAGCAUGACCAAAUCUCAAGUGAAGGAAAAGAAACACUGAUUACUUUUUUAAGUUUCUUGGUUUCAGCACUCGGGCAUUCAAUUCUGGAGCAGAUGGAUUUACAGUGACAAGUGUUAUGAUGAAACAGAAUCUUGUCAGUGCUGUAUUAGUUGAUCAAUUGUAGCAUUUGUUUUAUCCAUAUCCGGUCACAGGACGUUUCCUUUUACCUCAGACUAGGUGUGGUAUUAAGUGAAUGGAAUGAGAUAAUAUAUUUUUCAGGUACAACUCUGUCACAAGUAUGUCACUCCUCACAGUAGGUCAUGGUCUUUGGCACAUCCAAAAAUAUAUGAAGCGCAUUGACAUAGCAUAUUUCAGGACAUUGCUGAAAGCUGAAAGGUCAGUUGUCAUUGUGGAUGCGAAACAGUGUUGGUCACGUGGACAUAAUUUGUCCAGUCUGGCUUUUCAAUUUUGUUUUUAAAAUGCUUACUGCGUUUUAGCGGCGCACUUAAGACAUUGUGUAACUGCCAUAUUUGUUUAAUUUUCAUAUAUUUUUGCAUGUUUGUUAUGUUUGUACAGCAGUGUCACAACAAGGUAAUAGUGCCCUAAAAGUGUUCCCACCUUCUUCUUUUUUUGUUUGUUUUGUUACCUUGAAUUGUUUCAUAGCCUUGGACAUUGAUGCAUUAGAUAGGCAAUUUUUAUCUCAGUGACAUAUUCCUCUGCAUAAUCCCAUGAAAGCAAAACUAAACAAUUAACCAUGAAACGAUAACAGCAAACUGAAAUAUCAUAACCUUAAAAUAUUCAUUCAUAUUUGUCACUACGUGGUUGAACCAUCUACUUACUGCAGCUCUAACUUGUAGUCUCUUUGCAUCACUUUCCAAGCAAUGUGCACACUGUGAUGGAGCAAUAUUUGCUCAUUCUUCCUCGCAAAAUUGCUUAGGCUGAGUCAGGUCAGUUAGAGAACGUUAAUAGACAAAAACAUUGGGGUCUUGUCACAUGUUUUCAUAGGGAAUAUGGUCAAGAGGUUGACUUUUGAAGAACAUUUUUGUCAUUGUAAACCACUCCUGUUAAGUUAUUUUCACACAUAUUUAAUACAUAUAUUCUCCCCUUGAGAGGAAUAUAGGUUUUUAUAAGGGAUUUUUCUGUACUGGGCACCAUUUAUUUCCCAUUAAUUCUGACACAUUGCCUGUCCUUGCUGCUGAAAUGUAGUUCCUGCCUCUGCAGACUCCUCAUAGGCAUGACAGGUUGACAUUGUAUUUAACAGGUGUUCAUACAACCUGUUUGUCAAAUGUUUCAACAUCUACAAGGCCAAGCUGUCUGCCUGUUGGAACUUCCACAUGUCAGAAAAGUCCUGAUUGAUCCUGCUUUUGUGAACUUUUGAGAGAAGUUUGUCUUUGUCUGCUUCACACAGGACGGUCAGUUUAAGAUCAUUUCUGCAGGUCGGACACUCAGGGUUAUGUGGAAAUCAAAGUUUUACAUUUCACUCCUUGUUGUAAACAAUAAUGCGUUGACAGUCAUUUAAUUUAAAGUCUCAUGAGUCUUCUGAAGUUAUUAAUCAUGAUUUGACAUUAUUUGUGCUCAAGUCUUUGUAGAUGUGGGAAAAAAUGCAAUUUAAUCAAGUUCAACAAUCUUUGACAACCAAAUGUGAAAAGGUUUGGAGACUGAAUGCUUUUUUUAAGGUACUGAUGUACUGUGUAUGGAUAUUGGCUAUGCCUGAAUUUCCACUUUUUUCCCCUAGAUUGAGCAUAUUGAGCAAUGUUUCAUUUCGCCCUAAUUUCAUUUCAAAGGCACAACAGUUUCUUAUGCUAUUUUUAUUUAUAUUUGUCUAAUGAAAUUGCAUUUAAAAUGGUAGUUCUCAGUAUGUAUAAGGAGAAAAAUGUUUUAUUCACAAAAGUGUUAUAAACAGUGAAUAUUAUUAUUUAUUUGUACUUUUUUGUUAAUUUGUCCUCAUUAAAACGAAAAACAUUUAUAGAAAUAAAGACAUUCACCAGAGUUAAUGCACAUUGAUGCCUCUCAUGCCUAUUUAAAAUGGUAGCCUUUUUAAUUUCCUUUUUUUUGUUUUUCUUUAUCCUUGUAUUGCUUUACUAAAUUAAGUUUAUUUGAAGGGAAUUCAACAUUAUUUUCCCAGUUUGGUAUGAUAAGGUGAACAGAAUGUAAUUGUGGAUCCAUCAUAUGUUUUAUUUGGACAGAGUCUGAAAACUACACCUGGGAAUUCAGCAUGUUUCAAUCCAAACUGCCUGUGUGUAAAUCUUCCCAGAAACUGUGUAGGAAAUCCACAGCUCUUGUUAUGUGUCAUUUAUCCCCCCUCCCUCCCCCUCCAUGUGUGUAAUAAUGUUUGUCAUAUGUGAUGUAAAUGAUGGCACUUUCCCUGAGCCUCUUCACACUCAGUGAAAAUCAGUUUGAGUUAUUUGUAGUUAGUCACACAUGCCAGUAUGGGAUCAAUAAUCUGAGAUCUGUGUUUGUAUUUAGUUUGUGGGAUAUUUUGCACAUCAUUUAGAAGGCUUACACGUUUUUUCUCACCCAUAUUUACUUGUGUUUGCAAGGGGGAUAUUCUUUGCUGUAGCAGAUUUUAUGUAACAAAGGAUAUGUCACUAUAAUAAAUUCUUUUUAUCAA